CCAUAAGGCAUCAGGGAAUCUCUCUUUCCUCUCAUACACAUGAUCAUGCUGCUGAUCACUGAUUUCAACCUGUGCGGAGCAAAAUCAGGCUGAUGUCACAUCCCAACAGUGUCCUCUUGUGGAGAUUUAAGACAAUUGAAACUUAGAAGAGCCGAAGAGCUGUAGAAACUAAUGAAUGCAGUUUGGUGGCUGUGACUUGAAUCCAGUGAGAGGAGCAGAGGGACAAUCUGAGGAGGGGGGGGGGAUUCCUCCUGCUGAACCUGCUCGGUGCCGCUCGGCUAAUUUUAACCCGUCAGUUCAAAGAGCACGGACACUGAAAACAACAUUAUAAAACCAAAGAGAGGAAACAAGACGUCCGCAGUGGCUCAUUGGAUCACUAAACGUCUGAUCCUGUAAAAAUGAGUCGUCGCUCUCGAGCGUCCAGGGAGCGGCAGCAUGUCCACUGUGACUCCUGCUACAGCCGGCGCUGCAGGGCUCGGGUGGAGGUCUCUGUGUGCUGUGCCCUCAUCCCCUGCCGCCUGCACUGUGGAGCUCUGUUCCACCUGUGCAAAGAGGAGGAUCACCUGCUGCUCUGCCCGAACGUGAGGGUGCCGUGCCUCAACGCCGGGUACGGCUGCCCGGUCCAGCUGCCCCGCUCCUCGCAGGCCGCUCACCUCCAAGUGUGUCCGGCCAGCGUGGUGUGCUGCUCCAUGGAGUGGCUCCGCUGGCCGACCGACGACACAAACCCACACAGCUACAUAACCCUGCAGGAGAAUGUGCUGAAGGAUAACGAGGGGCAGGGGGAGGCUCUGGAUGUGGCCGUGGCCCUGGCUGAUCAGGCAGAGCUCUAUAGCCGCCUGAAAAUGAGGCCCCUCUAUCCAGAGCAGAUGGAGGAAGAAGAGGAGGAGGAAAUAAGGGAGGAGAAGAAAGAGGAGAUGGCGAUGGCAGAGUUUGUCACUGGUGUCACAAACAGUGAUGCCAAUAAAGCAGAAAACAGUUCUGUACAGAACAGUGCCGGGCUCGUCCUCAGCAAAGAGAAACACAACCUGUGUGAUAUGAUGUUCAGCAUGGAGAGAGGCGGCUGUGCUGUAGCGCAGGAAAACCUGGGUAAUCCCGAACAAAGCCCAAGACCUGCUGAGAGGGGUCAGGCCCAGAGUGCGGGGGAUUUAAAGGAGGCUGAGACGCAGGACAGCGGGGUGAUGGGACUGGCCCCGUGGCAGGAGGGGGUGAUGGAGCGUCUGGGGAAGCAGCUCACGCCACAGGAGUACAGCAUGUACAUAGUGCAUCAUGGACGCAUGCUGCUCAACUUCGGACAAAUCCACGCCUGCACGCCGAGGGAGUUAGAUUUUGUCUAUGGGAGCCUGGAGCCUAUUCCUGUCCAGACGCUACGCUCCUUCAAGGUCCCUGAAAGCUAUCACUACAGGAGUCGGGUUCAUAUGUACGAGACGGUAGCGAGGGCUCCGUGUGAGCAGCGCGGCGUGGACACAUCAGACCUCGGCGUCAACGAAGAGGACUGGUUCAGUGACGAAGCCGCAGCCACCCUGCUGGGAUACACUGAGGGGGAGGUCAUGGGUCACAAGAUCAGCGAGUCCAAGGCAAUCGACUGCCUCUACAUUGACGUGGGAACGCAGACGCACUCGUUUCGCUCGGCACCGUUCAAACGGAGGACGACCCUGGCGGAGGUGAUGGUGGACAGGCCGCUGAGGCUUCGUCUGCAGCUGCAGGCAGAGAGCGUGAACAGCAGACACAGCAGAGCCAGCUGCGUCUUCGCCUUUCUCUGCGGUCACACCUUCCACCGAAGAGAGUUCGCCGCACAUGUCAGGAACGUCCACAGUGACAUCCUGACAUGUCUGAGUGGAUGGUUCGAACAGAGGUGCCCCCUAGCGUACCUGGGCUGCACCUACAGCCAGGGGAGGUUUGAGCCGUCCACGCAAAAGGCCACCGUCACCUUCAAUCAGCAGCUGAGGAGCUUCAACUUGCGACCGACCCUCGUAGACAGAGGAGGGGGGGAGGCCUCCCUGAGCUCGCUGCCCUACGAGGUGCUGUGCCACGUGACCAGUUUCCUGGACAGUCUGUCCCUGUCCCAGCUGGCUCUGGUGUCCCGGCUCAUGAGGCAGGUGUGCUCCUCUCUGCUGCAGGACCGAGGGAUGGUCACCCUCCGCUGGGAGAGAACCCCCGACUCACAUGGAGGAGCCAGGUGGAGGGCCAAACCUGUCUGGGAGUUCAGCCGACUCUUCUCCUCGGUGGACUCGUGGCACAUGUCCGACAUCCCUCCUAUGUCUGCUCAUCUAAAAGUCUGUCCGCACUAUGAGACCUGUGUGCACAGCGAGCCUGUUCCCCUCCCCAGCAUGAGCGACAAACAGAGGUGCAGCCAAGAAGAGAGAAUGAGUCUCGUCAACCUCUUCACAGGAAACAGAUGGUAGCAAUGAAAAAGAACAACAUUUAAUUCUUCCUGCUGUGUCGACUUUUAAUUAUUUAUUUCUGGACCAGUAUAAAGAUGAUGGGUUGUAACCACUAUGUGUCAUGAAGCACCACAAAUAAAAUAAAACCUGCUCGAACUUG